AUGUCAGCAUUCUCCAACAACAUCUUUGAUCUUCUCAACGAGGAUGGCUAUAAGCCUGCCCCUGUUGCUGCUCCUGCAAAGGAAGCCAACAAGCCUACUACUGAAGCCAAGCCCGCCUCUAAUGACAAACGCGGCAAGUCCAAUGGUGCUGCUCGUGGUGGUCGUCGCAACGGUCGUCAACAAAACGGUCGUCAACAACGUGGCCGUCAAUUCGAUCGCCAUAGCGGUACCGGUAUUGCUGAUAGCGAGAAGAAGGAAAAGCAAGGUUGGGGUCAUCCUGAAACUGCCGAAGCUGAAGCUGCCAAGGAUACCAUCUCUCCCAAGGAUCCUGCUGCUGAAGAUGUUGCUGCUGCCGAAGCUGCCGAAGCUGAGGAGAAGGUUAAGACUUUGGAAGAAUAUCUUGCCGAGAAGGCCAACAAGUCCUUGAACGUUGCUCUUCCCGAAGCUCGUAAGGCUAACGAGGGUGCCGAUGACAAAAAGUGGGAGAACGCUGUUGCCUUUGUCAAGGAGGAAGAACCUGAAUACUUUGCUGUCAACAAGGAGAACAAGGCUGCCAAAAAGGCCGCUGACAAGCAACGUAAGGAAAAGGUUGUCGUUGAGAUUGAGCAACGCUUUGUCGAAAAGACUCGUGGUGGUAACCGUGGUGGCCGUGGUGGCGAACGUCGUGGUGGCGAACGUCGUGGACGUGGUAACGGUCGUCGUGGUCCCAAGUCUGCUGCUCCUGCUGUCAACAUCCAGGAUGCUGCUGCUUUCCCUUCUUUGGGUGCCACUGCUUAA